AUGGACCCGAAGUCCUACAACUUCAAGGCCGCGUGGCUCGACCCCGUCUCCGGCGUGGAGUGGUCCUUCCUCUUCACAUACCACAGGGAGACUGCCAAGGUCGAACUGUAUGACGUCAAGAACCGCCGGGCCUACCUGAAACCCGCCCUGCUCCCCACGGGCCCCAUCCCGGACGACAGGUUCUUCCUGGGCGCGAAGCUGAUGAUCUUCGGGCGGAGCCUCGAGCUGGUGGACUUCGCGGACGACGAGACCCGGAGCGCGCUCGCCAAGCAACUCGGGCGCACGCUGGCGAUGAUCAAGCCGGACGCCGUGCACCACGCGGGCGAGAUCCUCACGGACAUCACGAAGGCGGGCUUCCGCGUGAAGAACAUGCGCAUGUGCCGGCUCUCGCGCGCCGAGGCCGAGGAGUUCUACUCUGUGCACCGCGGGAAGCCCUUUUACCCGACGCUGGUGGACUACAUGACGUCAGGGCGCAUCGUGGCGCUCGAGCUGCUCCGCGAGGACGCGAUCAAGGCCUGGAGGGACCUCAUUGGGCCCACGGACGCGGCCGCGGCGCGCGAGGAGGCGCCCGCGUCCAUCCGGGCGCGCUUCGGAACGGACAAGACGCGCAACGCGUGCCACGGGAGCGACGCGCCGGAGACGGCGGCGCAGGAGGUGGAGUUCUUCUUCGGGGCCGGGCGUGGCAGCGUGGGCAAGUGCUGCGUGAACGACGGGUCCACGACGCUCGGCAUCAUCAAGCCGCACGCCUUCCUCGACGGCCGCGCCGGCUCCAUCCUCCAGGUCAUCCAGGCGCAGUUCGACGUGACCGCGCUGCAGCUGGUGUCGCUCAACCGCACCGACGCCAGCGAGUUCUACGAGGUAUACCGCGGCGUCGUGCCGCCGGACGAGUUCUCGGACAUGCUCGAGGAGAUCACGUCCGGGCCGUUCCUGGCGCUCGAGGUCGCCCCCGGCGCGGAGGGCGCCGACACCGUGGAGUCGUUCCGGCAGCUGUGCGGGCCGCGGGACCCGGAUUUGGCGCGGCUGCUGCGGCAGGAGACGAUCCGCGCGGUGUUCGGGCAGAGCCGCGCGAAGAACGCAGUGCACUGCACCGACCUCGAGGAGGACGCGGGCCUCGAAGUGCAGUACUUCUUCGAGCUCAUCGUGUAG